UGCUUCCCCGUCCUUCCUUGGGUAGUAGUGAUGAGGCCCAGAGGGAAGGAGCAGCAGGAGUGGCUCCAGCUGAGAGUGAUAGGGAUCUACUGUGGGGGGAACCAAGAGAGUUGGGCUGCCAGAAGUUGAGAGGAGGACCCUGGCUCAGAAGGCAUGAGGACAGCCCCCCUGGGGUCAGGGCUUGGGUCCUCCGAGUGGCCGGUGGCAGGGCUGUGAGGCUGAAGCGGGGAGGCCGCUGCCUGUGGUCAGUGCGCCGUGCAGCCUAAGCCAGCCCCCGGCUCACGUUACACACUCCUGUAUUUAUAACCUCGGCGAGCCGCUUCCCCCGCGGAGGAGCAGCCACAACAGCAGCAGCAGCAGCACUCGGGACCACCUCCUUUUUGCCGGCAGAGCCGAGCCCCGCGCCCCUUUUCCCCCACCUCCGAGCCAAGCCAGUGAAGCCACUGCCGGGACCGGUUGCGCGCCGAGGACUUGGAUUAUUAUUCCCGGUUGCGCUCCCUUGGCCCGCCUCGCCUUGCCUGGACGUGCCCUGCCUGGCUUCGGGGGUGGCUGGCAGGAGAGCCGAGGGGCAGGAGGAGGAGGAGGAGGAGGGGGGCGAGGAGGACCCGGGCACCAGCGCCUGGUGGUUCUGGGCCCGCGGCGGGCUUUCGGGGCCGGAGGCGCGCGGGUCCCGCUUGGUGCAUGCCAUGGACCACACGCUCUUCGGCUGCCUGCGCAGCCCCCACCAUGCCCCCGGCCAGGGCUUGCACCCCUUCUCGCAGUCCGCCCUCGCCUUGCACGGCCGCUCGGACCACCACAUGUCCUACCCGGAGCUCUCGGCCUCCUCCUCCUCCUGCAUCAUAGCCGGGUACCCCAGCGAGGACGGCAUGUUCGGCAGCCAGCACCACAGGGGGCAUCACCACCACCAUCACCAUCACCACCAUCACCAACAGCAGCAGCAGCCGCAACAGCCGCCGCCUCACCAGGCUUUGCAAACGAAUUGGCACAUUCCGCAGAUGGCUUCGCCGCCGCCGCCCCCUCCUCCUCCUCCUCCGCCGCCCGCCUCGUCCAGGCAUAGCCUGUGCCUCCAGCCCGACUCGGGGGGACCCCCGGAGCUGGGCAAUAGCCCCCCGGGACUGUGCUCGAACUCGCCGAGCUUGGGGAGCAGCACCCCGACGGGCGCGCCGGGAGAUUAUGGCAGGCAGGCGCUGUCCCCGGUGGAGGCCGAGAAGCGCGUCGGCAAGCGGAAAAGCGACAGCUCAGAUUCUCAAGAGGGAAAUUAUAAAUCUGAAGUCAACAGUAAACCAAGGAAAGAAAGAACAGCUUUCACCAAAGAACAAAUCAGAGAAUUAGAAGCAGAAUUUGCCCACCACAACUACCUCACCAGGCUGCGGAGAUACGAAAUAGCAGUAAACUUGGAUCUUACUGAACGACAGGUAAAAGUUUGGUUCCAGAACAGACGGAUGAAAUGGAAGCGGGUAAAAGGAGGGCAACAAGGAGCUGCUGCCAGAGAAAAGGAACUGGUGAAUGUGAAAAAGGGCACGUUGCUCCCCUCAGAGCUUUCUGGAAUCGGUGCCGCUGGCCUUCAGCACACAGGGGACUCUCUAGCAAAUGAUGACAGCCAUGACAGCGACCACAGCUCCGAGCAUGCACACUUAUGAUAAAGCAUGAAGGAAUCACAACUCAGUUCUCAGGAAAGACAUGCUAACACAGCAAGCCUUACACGGAUGUCCUUAACAUAUGCAAGCAGCUAUCAAGCAAUAUAUAUUGGACUUAAUGGGUUCUGCUGUUCUAGAAUUAUUUUUUAACACAAAUUCUGGAAGUGCCAUACCUUAAAUGUGCCUUGUGAGCAGAAGCGGAAGACAAGCUUGGUUUUGAACAUUCCAGAUUUCUCUGUCAUUUCAAUGACAACAGGGCAGGUAUUUUUUUUGCUUUCGCUUGCACUGAAAAAAAUGCCAUUGCUCUCAACAAAUGUAAUAUCCUGAAGGGGGAAAAUAGCACAGUGCCAACAGAAACACUGUCUAGUGGAAAAGAAAUGUAUUUUAACUCUGUAUAUAUCUACUUUGCAGCCUUUUUACUUUUCACUCGUUUUAGCAAUGCAUUCAUAUUAGCUGACGACAAUAGUCACCCAUGAGAAUAAACGGCUUUUUUGUCUCUCUACUUUUGUUUUGUGUCCCAGAGAUAUAUAAUUAAGCAGAUGGUUGUGUUCAGAGUAUGAACGAUCCAAAAAGAGUCUGCUAGGGAAAAUCCUUAUACCACAGACAAAACAAAUCUUAUGUUGCAUUUACUAUCAACUGCUGCUAAUAGGAAAUUAUUAAACCUUGCUCCUCAGUUUUUCUUGCCUUAUAACAGCAACUUUGUUUUUUUAAAAUAAUAAUAAUAGGAUCAUGCUUUUCAGGAAAAUAAAAAGCCACCUACUCAUUCAUAUUUAGAAUUUGUUAUCAAGACCUACAUGCUUAUGACUGUAGCUACUAGUCGUAAUGCAUUUACUUCAAAGUAGCCAUGCUCUUAAAGUUUGUUUUAUCAUUUGGAAGAUAUUUCUGCCUUCAAUUUAAUAUUCAGGAAUUAAUGUGACCUUUAAAACAUAUAUAAGGCAACAUUGAUUGUCUCUGUCAAAAUUUAUUGAAGAUAGCUCUGUAUACAACAUGCAAAAAGUCAAGGCAUUUCUCCAUGUUUUCCCAAGCUUUUGUGUAUAUACAGUGAGAUAAUAGAAACCAAAAAAAUCACAAAACAGUGAUUGUACUUUGUAAAGGAAAUGUUUAAUAAAUGAUCCUUUUGAAAUAA